AUGUGGUAUCCUCCUACCGUGUUGGUACCAUUUUUUGUAGAGCCAAACGCACGCAGGUCAGCAAAUGUUCCUGCCCCAGUGAUGUGGCCCCUCAGACCGUUUGAUCAGCAGUUACGCGACAUGCUCGGCUAUAGGGAACUCGGCCAGUUUGUUGAGGACAGAAGGAAGCUCCUGUUGAGGUCUUUGUAUGAGCUUGUGAAAAUGAACCACUUUCUGGAGUUGACUGAUCCACAGUUGCUUGGUUGGUAUCAUUCCUUAACUGAAGAAAGCUUAAACCUGAUACUAGAAGAAGGAGGAUUCUUUCAGUUUCUGCACAGACACCCUGCUCUUGAAGUAUCUAGAAAUAUUGUUCACUUAAAGCAGAACGUUGUAGGAAAUUGUCUUCCCCUUGCAGCUGAUAUGCCUUCAAGACUUGAUGAAUCAAGAAGGGCUACUCUUUAUGGCGUCUCACAGUGUGUAAAUUGUGGUACGAGUUGUCCAUCUGGUGCUAAAAAGAGCAAAUGCUGUAGUAUGCUGGUCCUAAACUCAGGGGAAAAUGUUUCCUUACAUGAGGAAGAAAAGACACUUCAGUUGCUACCAAACAACCUACGAGCGGAGCUGAAUCUGGAAUCUGGACAAGUCAGUGAGGAUAUGGAUAUGAGUUCUCAGCAGUCUGAUUGCAUUCAGAGCACCUCAACUAAUUUGUCUGUCACACAGAGCAACAUUUUAGACAGAUUCCAGCCAAGGAACAACUCUAGUGAUGGCAAGCUUUUGUGUCAGAUUUGGGAGGAAAAAGCACAGUGUGAUGGGAAGCAUUUCCGAGAAUCUAAAGAUCAGUUGGCGCAAGCAAGCUUUUUUCAUAAUAGUGAUCAUGACCAGGUACCUCUUCUGACCGAUACCAAUUCAGAUCUAGUACGGGAGACUAGUACAGAGUGUUACAGUUUUAACAGCACUACAGUGGAGCACACAUCUGGCCAGUGGAGUGAUGUCACAAAUACCUCCAUAAAGGCCAAUAAAGGCAGCACUGAAGCAUCUACCAAUGAUGAACCUGGGACCUCUGGUACAGAAAAUUGUACAUUUACUGAUUCCUUCCUCAACAACUGCUCAGAGCGGACCAACCUCACCGGGGAUUUCCAAAAGGUCUGUAGUGAGGGUGACCUGAAAUGUGAGACAAAUUCAGAUGAGUGUCAUAAUGUGAACAAAAAAGAAUCCUCAAGCUUAGCAGCUUGUGUUCCAUUCAUUAACCCCAGCUGGUCAGCAUCUGGCCAGAGUACUCAUGCGAGUGAAUUUACACGUGGGGCGUGCAUUUCAUCCACCAGCCGGAGCAAGCUAAACGUCAAAACCACAACAACGAGUAAGAUACAUCCUGUUCCCCUCAGUGUGAGCCAGACAGUGGAUACCAGCAGUGACUUCAGAGCUUGUUUUACAUCCACCCGGGCAACAGAAGUCACUCAGGACGACUUUAUGAAGCAUUGCCAAGAUGUUUCCACGGGCACUGACUUGUGUCCUGUUAACCAGGAGACACAGACAAUUCAAAGGCCCACUUCUGAGAAAGGCAUCAUUACUGAAGUCUACAUGUCUGACUUGGAUGCUCUGUGUGAGGAAUUUGAGAAACUCAAAAUGAUGGAAGAAGAGCUAAUGCUUUUAAAGAAAGAAAUGCCAAGUGCUACAGGGCCCAGGAGUGAACAGAGCUGUGGAUGUGGUGCUGUUUCACGUGCUAGAUGGGCAGAGCUGCGUCUACUGGCUCUGCAGUUUGCCAUGUGCCAGCAACAUUGCUGGAGGCGUUUCUAUACCUCAUAUGAGGGUGAAACUUCACUUCAGGGAAUCGAAUUAGUGCCCGAUGCAAUGUCACAGACCCUGAAGAGCCUGGAGGACGAUUACCUCAAAAUGAAAAGGAAGAUACUGGAAGGGGUUCCACUGGAUAAUCUCAAGCCGCUGGCUGUGGACACUAAGAGGUUAACAGCCGCAACAUGCUACAGGCCAUCUUUGAUUUACGAGGCUUUUUUAGGUGUUGGUUCUUCCUUCAAGCCCACUAGUCUUAAAGAUGAGGGCCAGACUAACCAAGCCAUUGAGGACUUGAAAAUAAGCACCACAGACCACGAACAUUUCGUCAAGAAUACAACAGCUCCUCAGUGUAAUUCUGCCACGUCAUCUGAAACUGUGAGCAGCAUGAGAAGUAGGGUUGUGCCUGCUUCCAGCCAACAACCAGGAGUUUCUAGUGAUUCCAAGCCUUAUUCGGGUGCUCGUAAAGACCUCAACAGCGGUGAUGCCUGGUAUGAUGCAGAAGAGGAAUUUGGAUGUGAUGCUCGGAGUUGUAAAGAAGACAGACAAACAGGGCUGAAUGAUCAAGGGGACUCGAAGCAACAGAAUGUGGAUCCACUCACGAAGAUUGAUCGCUGUUUCUUGCUUUGUGUCUUAAACCUGCCAAACACUGUUACUGAGCAUGAUCUGCUGCUUUGGUUUGCAAAGUACCACACCAAUCAAGUGUCCCUUUCCAAUUUUACUAACACCAGGGUUGCAAUAGUAAGUGUGAGGAACUCUAAUGAUGCAGAAGCUGCGGUAAGAGAGAUGAAUGGCCAAACCAUUCAAGGCCAUAAACUCCAUGUGGAACACCUCCACAAGCCUCCCGCAAGUGAUCAGGUCACCAUGAAAGAGUCCUGCGUUCAACUUUCCCCUGCUGCCCAUAAAGCAGGAGAAGAGCUGAUACCGCCAAGCUCAAAUAAUAACUUCCAUGCUGCCAGACCACUCUGUUGCAGUCUGGAUAAACUUACCAAUGUCUGCACUACACCCACUGCAUCUGGUACCUUUGUGCCACAGCAUUACUGCACUAUGGGUAGCUUUGACACAAUCAUGGCCCAGUUAUCAGAGCGCUACCCGAAAAUAGGCAAACAGCAGAUCGUCAGUGCUUUGCUGGAGCUGCAAGAAAAGCAUUGUGAUCUUCUUACUCACUCAGCCACAGACUGA